CAUACACUUAUUGCAGUGGUCCUUCAGUUUUUCUAAGCCCUGUAAAAGAACUGGAAAGUUGGACCUCCAAUCAGGCCUUUCAUGAUACCCUUAAAGCCAGAUACUUUUCAACACCCCCUCAUAUGAUUGACAAAAAUACUGAUGCUAGUAUAGCAGUGGAACUCUUGAACAAUACUGAGCUAUAAUGGACAGAUUAUUGGAAAAUAAAAUUAACAAGACAUCGUCAUAAACAGUAUUACACCUGAAAUUACCAAUGUGUUAUUUAUCAAGUUCUCUGAAUGUAACAGUGCAGUGAAAAGCUGACAUGUCUCUAUUGAGAAGUCAUUUUAUAACAAGUAAAGCUUAAAUUAAUACAAAUUUGUUCAAGAACACAAGAAGUCUGACCAUAGGAACAUUUGGAAACAUUCUAAGUUCAGUAAAGUCUGGUUCUGUUUAAGAAAAUAUGUUCCUCUGUAAAAUUGUUGAAGGAAUAUUUGUUGUGAGGAAAACUUGUUUCAUUGGAAAGGUUUUCUUAGAAAGGAAAUAAUUUGUUAGAUAAUGUUGGAAACAGAAGAAAAACCUCUCAGAUGUGAUGUUUGUGGGGAGCUGUUCCCUGUGGAUUCUGACUUAUUAGUUCAUAAAUGUACUCACAAUGGAGAUAAUAUAAUCAAAUGUGAAAAUUGUGACAAAAUAUUUUCUUGUAUCAGUCAGUUAUCAGUCCACAAACGUCUACACAGUGGACAAAAAACAUACCAGUGUAGUAUUUGUGAGAAAGUAUUUGCUUACAGAAGUACCUUAGCGGUUCAUGAAAGUACACAUGCUGAAAGAAAAACAUACUGCUGUGAGAUUUGUGGAAAAAAAUUUUCAACAAACAAUAACUUGACAAAUCACAAACACAUUCACACAGGAGAUAAACCAUACUCCUGUGAACAUUGUGGGAAAGAAUUUUUCAGUCAGAGUAACUUAUUUUACCACAAGCGCAAAAACACCAUAGAAAAAUCAUUGCAGUGUGAUAUUUGUGAGAAAAUAUUUUCUUAUAAUUGCCAACUGUCAGAUCAUAAACGUACUCACCUUGGCGAAAAGUCUUACCAGUGUGACAUUUGCAUGAAAAAAUGCUGUAAUAAUUACACUUUAUCAAACCAUAAACGUAUUCAUACAGGGGAAAAGCCAUUUCAAUGUGAUGUCUGUGGGAAAUCUCUUUCUUCUAGCACUAAUUUAUCAUAUCAUAAACGUAUGCAUACGGGAGAAAAACCAUAUCAGUGUCAACUCUGUGGAAAAGCAUUUUCGUAUAAAUUUAAAUUAUCAAAUCAUGUACGUACACACACUGAAGAAAAACCUACCUGUGAAAUAUGUGGCAAAGAAUUUUCCGGUAAUGAUAAAUUAUCAAUUCAUAGGCGUAUUCACACUGGUGAAAAGCCAUACAAGUGUGGUGUUUGUGGGAAAGCCUUUUCUGAUGGCAGCAAUCUAAUAGCUCAUAAACGUACACAUACAGGAGAAAAGCCAUAUCCCUGUGAUAUCUGUGGGAAAGCUUUUUCUUUUAGCAGCAGAUUAUUACUUCAUAAACGUAUUCAUACUGGAGAGAAACCAUAUCUCUGUGAUAUCUGUGGGAAAACAGUUUCUGAUAGCAGCAAUUUAUCAGCCCAUAAACGUAUUCACAUUUGGGAAUAACUACAUCGCUGCAAAGUUACCAGCAACUCUGCCUACAAUAAUCAAUGCUGAUCUUGGGAAACAUGCUAUACUGUAUCUCAUUCCCAAGAAUAGCAACUUUUCUGACUCUCCUAAUUAUCAUUCUAUUUCAUUUACAAUAUUACUAAGGUAAUAGAAACAGCCAUUAGCAAUUAUCCUCUAACAUCUCUCUUUCUCUCUUUUUAAUGAUCAGCAGUAUGAUUUCCCUAAAGCCAAAUCCACUGGUCACUUCUGUAUGUCACCCACUAAUGGGCUCUUACCUUGGAGAUAUUUGGUGAAAGCACUGUUUUCACCCUCAACAUCAACCAAACUUUCAACUAUAUCUGACAUGUGAAUCUGCUAUUGCCUGCUUAUGAGCUUCACAUGUCUCUUAUUUCUUGGAUCAGUAACUUUUUAUCAGAUUAUAUUAUUGUGGCAUGUCUUGACAGAGCUGUUAGUGUCCCUUAUUAUAUAAAUUCUAGAGUACACCAGAGUUUGGUUUUGUCUCCUCAAUACUUCUCCCUCCAUAUUAAUGAUCUUCUUGUCAUCAUGUUCAACAAUGAUUACUCUAUGUAAAUGUAUCAGUCACAUGCAAUUCAGACACCAAAUGUCAAACGUGCACUAACUCCACGAACAGGGAUUGUAAAAGCAUCAUUGAAUAGAGAUAUGCCAAUCUUGUCCCUUUCAACAGCAAGAAAAACACAAAUGUUACUCAUCAAGAAAAUAGCUUCAUACCUCACCCACUUAAACAUGGACAGCAUGCUACUAGAGACCUUGCAAUUGUUCCAAAUGUUGGGCCUCAUUAUCAUUGAGGACCUCUCCUGACAGAAGCACAUCUCUAAUGUAGCUAGGCAUACAGCCCAAUAACUGGUCAUGCUUUUCAGAGUUAGAAGAUACUUCAGCUCCCAACAACUAUUGAUACGCCAUACAUCUCAGGGGAGACCCAAAAUAUAGUUUUACUCUUCCAUCUGGGAUGUUGCUGUUGUUUGACAUGCAGACAUUCUUAACCAAUUCCCAAGAAGAACCAUCUGACUGAGUAGCUAAAAUCUCAGUCACAGACAUACUCCAGCAUCUCAACCAAAGAUGUGUUGUAUUCUUGCUUCUGCCUUUUCUACUGCAACUAUAAUGGUUUCUUCUCUUUGGUGCUGGUUAGGCUGAUAUCUCUAUGCAGACGUUUUUGACCCAUAUGUUUCUCCUCCAUCCAUCGCCCAACUCCAUUAGGACCUUCAUUAAUUAUUAUGCCCAGCCCUUCUUUCCUUGAAUGGUGACCUCCUGGAAUUUCCUCC